UCGCGAGCAGGAAACCAACCGUCAGCACGGGCCAGUAGGAGGAGCUGGGUUCCGUUUCCUUGGUGGAGCAUUCAUGGUCUCUCAGUUCUCAAAACCAAGUCUCUCGAAUUCUCGAUUCAAUUCCCCAAUCAACGCCCGCAACGCAACGAAUCGGCUCCCACGCCAUCCUUUGAAUAGCUCACGCCAUCCACCAUUCCACCGAUACCCCAAAACUCAAACUCCCUCUUCCCCCAAACCUAACCACCACCGUCUUCGCCGUUGUUGCUGCCAUGGCCGGCAAGCGCGCCGCCAAGCGCAGCCGCAAACCCGGAAUCCCGGCCGGAUCUGACUGCUCGGUUGAGCUGGGGCUCAAUGGCGUCCCGGUGGAGCCCCAGGUCACCGAGAACCCACCGCCGGAACCCGCUGCGGAGGUUGAAGACGGAGAGGCGGAGGAGGACGAGGGUUCCCAGCAGUCCGAGGAAGCGGAAAGGGAGGGGGAGCAGUCCGAUCUGCAUUCAUCGAGCAAGGAGGGCUCCCAGUCUGAGGAUGAGGAGGAAUCCAUGGAAGAGGAAGAGGCGGACGAGCCUGCGCCUGCUCUGCGGUCACCAAGCAAGGGGAGGAACGGCGUCAAGAAACCCGCACCAUCUGCCAGGGUUGCGGAUGCCAAGAAACCGCCUCCAUCCGGCAACAACAAGGCGGCCGAGUCUGCGUCUGCUCUGCAGUCACCGAGCAAGGGGAAGAGCCAGAGGGAAGGCAAGAAGACCGCACCAUCUGCCAGGGUUGUGGAGGCCGAGAAAUCGCCUCCGCCCGGCAACAAGAGGAGGAAUCAGGAGCCGCUUCCAAGCCCCAGUCCCAACAAGAGGAACAUGGUCACUAGGUCGCGCCAGACAGAGGUUCCAAGUCCCAGUCCCAGCAAGAGGAACAUGCUCAGUAGGUCGCUCCAGCCAGAGGUGCAAGCACCGGAAGAACAUGAACCGGAGGAUAAAGGUCAUGAGCCAGAGGAUCAGGAACAACAUGAACCAGAGGAUGAAGGUGCGGGCAUUGUCAAGAACAACAAGAAGAAGAGCAAGAAGAUGCGCAAGUCAGCACCGCAAGCACAUGGACCAGAGGAUGAAGGACAUGAACCAGAGGAUCCGGAAGAACAUGGACCGCAGGAUGAAGGUGCAGGGAUUCUAAAGGGCAAGAACAAGAAGAUGCGCAAGCCUGCACCGGAAGAGCACGGACCAGAGGAUCAAGGGGCAGAGGUUAUCAAGUCCAAGAAGCGUAAGUCGGAUAGGAUCAAGCCAGCACAGCAGCAAGGUGAGCCGGGCACUUCCAAGGUAAAGAGAAUCAGGCGUGAAUGGGCUCCAAAUGACGAGAUCCUGAUCCUCGAGCAGGUCAUCAAUUACCGCCACACCCAUGGGGAUGCCCCAGAUGUCAAGGACAGCGGCUUCUUUGAAUCUGUCCUCAAGCAGCUUGGGGACCAGAGCUUAGAACUCCGUGCUGUCAAGGAUAAAAUGAGAAGUCUAUGGCGCCGCUACUUCGAGAAGAAGCACAAAUCUACUACUGAGCAUGGUAAAUGCCUUGACAAUCUCUCUGAGCAAGCCUGGGGCAAACCUUCCCAAGUUGGGGCUAAGGAUAGCAGUGGCAGAAAUCUCUCCAAGAAAGCAUUGCGGAGAAAUUCUCGAAAGGAUAGCAAUGGCAGCAAGACUGGGGACAAGAGCUUUGAGGAAAUGUGUGAGAUGUACCCUCUCCUUGCCCAGGAGGUGGAGCUUAUUGCGGAUAUAGAUCCUUCCGCUAAAAGCUCGUUCACUAGAAUAGAUGCUGAGGUGGCAUGUCAGUUGGAGAAACAGCUUGAUGCAGCCAAGGCACAGGUUUCCCAGAAUCUAGAGCUGAUUUUCAAGUAUAGUUUCUAAAAAAGUGAUCCAACACUCUGGCGGUCAUUUUGAAUGUCAUGAAGACCGGAGGAAAAAAAUACAAUCUGGCUGCUGGAAUUAGUGAACUGGGCAUCAAUUUAAUUUGUCAUCAAUCUGUACUCUAAUUUCUUUAUCCAGUAGUCUAUAAAGAUUGCAUUUUCAGAUCCAAUGUGUUUUAAACAAUGUAUACAGAUUACAUACAGACCAGAUUGCUUACAGAUUGCUCUCCAGAUCAGAUUGUAUACCGGAAGAUUGUUUACAGAUCGCUUCCAGUUUGUUUGAGUAUCCAGAAGAUUGUCUAUCAAUCGGUACUCCAAUGAAUUUUCUGACCGGAGGAAUUCAUUUUAAUCA